AAACCUCAUCCACAUUUCUUCUUCAGCUUCAAUAUUCGCUCGCCGGUGGUUGUUGAAUUAACAGAUAACUCCGAUAAAGAACUUGUUUGUCUCUAAACCGGCAGUGGUUUUUGGUAAUAUGAUAAUGUCACUGUGAUACGGUGCCGAUAUUUAAGUCGACUUCUGUUCGAAAACCUCUACAUUUGAUCGAAGUAGCAGCGUUAGUCAAACAUGUCUCUCAAGUCCAUAAUCUAUGACCAAGUGACCAAUAACUUGGAAAUCCUGGACCAACUGCUCCUGCCAGGCAUUACCAAGUAUGUGAAAGUUAAGGGAGUCGAAGAUGGAUGGAAGGUCAUCAACAAAAUGCAGGUCCGAGGGGCGCCAGCUAUAGCUAUAGUCGGUUGCCUCAGCUUAGCGGUGGAGAUGCGAAACGACAAAUUCGAAUCGAAAAAACAACUUCGUCAGGAAGUUGAGGGCAAAUUGAACUAUCUGGUCUCAUCGCGGCCAACGGCUGUUAACAUGAAAGGGGCCGCCGAAGAGCUGAUUGACUUGGCGAACCAAUUGAGUAAAGACAAAUCAGUUAGUUUGGAAGAUAUGAUACACAAGUUCCUAUUGAAAAUUCAACAUCUGCUUGAAAAAGACAUAACUGAUAAUCAAUCCAUCGGCGAUAACGGGGCGAAAGAAAUCCUGUCGCGAGUAUCAGGAGAUAGUCAAGUGAGGGUGGUCACCCACUGUAAUACAGGAUCUCUUGCUACCGCCGGUUAUGGCACAGCCUUGGGAGUAAUCCGUAGUUUGCAUGCGAUGAAAAGACUAGAGCACGUUUAUUGCACUGAAACUAGGCCUUACAAUCAAGGCGCUAGGCUUACCGCCUUCGAGUUGAUUCAUGACAAAAUUCCAUCCACCCUUAUUUGUGAUAGUAUGGUGUCUGCUUUAAUGAAAAGUCGGAAUAUUUCCGCUGUGGUCGUUGGAGCUGACAGGGUAGCUGCAAACGGUGACACAGCCAACAAAAUUGGAACCUACCAAAUUGCCGUUGUAGCCAAAUAUCACGCAGUGCCAUUUUAUGUAGCCGCACCAUUUACGUCCAUCGAUGCGAAAGUAUCGACAGGGGAGCACAUUGUAAUUGAAGAACGGCCCGAUCGGGAAAUGACCCACGUUGGAGAGCAUAGAAUAGCAGCGAAAGGAAUCCCGUGUUGGAAUCCUGCGUUUGAUGUAACUCCCGCUUCUCUGAUUGCCGGCAUUAUUACCGAACGUGGAGUGUUCAAACCUGAACAAAUAAAAGCUGUCCUGGCGUCCGUAAGCGCUUAAAUUCACCACGUGAUCUUAGAUACUGAAAUUUUAUUGCCACAAUAUAUAUAUCGACUAUUUUUGGAUGGUUUUUACUGUUUAGGCAACAAUUUGUCGAAUUUUUUAAUAAGGAUGUUAACUACUAUAUAUAUACCAUACGGAGGACUUUCAUAAGACGAUUUUAGUAAGAUGCCAUUAAAUAUUUACUAAAGUUGCUUUAAGAUGCACUGAAAGGCCAGCGAAUGUUAUGAGAGUAAAUUCUUUAUUGUAUUGAAUGAAUAAUAAGAGUUAGCUUUUCGCCCUUGUUUAAUUAAAUUUAAGUUGUGUUGUUGGAAAGGCAUCCAUAUUGAGAUACAGUAACGGACAUACAUUUUUUCUGCGCUUUUGCAUCAUGCUGGACUAACAGUAACAUAAAGUAAGAGCUUAAAAGAUUCGCCUAAAACAAUAUUGUUUCACAUACGUUUGAAACCCAAUUCAUAUUUAAUAUUAAUACCACUUACUGAGUUGCAUUGUAACUUUAUAGCAAUGAUUUAUUUGGUAUUUCCAUAUUAACUAGACUGCUGAUUUAGUGCGCAAAUGAUUACGCUGGUGUUUUUCAAGUUUAAAUUAGAAAACUGAGUUUCUAGUCCCGGUAACUGGCGCUUUUUGAACGUUAUUUUUCAAUUGUUUCGGGCUCAGUUACUAAGGGAAAAUUGCAGUUAAAGUCUGAUUUUUUGAAUAAACGAACAUUUCUAUAUACCGUAUAUGAUUUUGGCCAUCGUUUAGUUUGAAGUUCAGAACUUCGUCUAGUAGUUUUGCAAAUCCUCAAAGUGCAUGUUAAUUAACAGUUAAUGUUCAACUUAUAUAUGAAUGAUUUUGCGGUGAUAGGAGAUGUGCUACUUCACUGUAUUUCCGAUACAUUUUGUCUGAUAUUUCAUUGCCCGGCAGUUUUAAGGUUUUCAAUUACUAUUUCCAGGUCCGUAUUUAAAGAGGUAAAGUUCCUAAUGUUGUAAUAGAAAGUAAAGAGUAGUGAGAAAAGGCCCAAAUCUGCAUUUUUACUAGUUUCUACAUUAACGAGCAGUAGGUAAUCUAGCACUUUUUGUUCUUAUUUAUUCCAUGGUCUUACAAAUUGAUUUUAUUGAUUAGGAUUUCUUCAUGUAAUAUACAAAUACAUUGUUUCUGUUUCUGA